AUGGCCAGUGUACCUUCGGAUGCCAACAUCGAAGCGAACUGCGCCAUAUGCGGUGCUCCUCCAUCAUAUCCCGAGUGCCCGCAUGAGGGAGAGCGGCUCGAAUUGGCGCUUGAUCAGGCCAUGCAGAGAUGGGAAGCAAGGGAGGCAGUGCAAAGAAUACGCAAGUUCGCGUUAGAUCACGCUCGAAACCAAAUUAUAACCACAUUCCACCAACUGCGAUCUGCACGGGUACAAGCCCACCACAGCUAUCUGCAGACCCUCCCAUAUUAUACGCUGUAUCAUCGCUACAAUGGACAUCCGCCACUGUCACCCGAACAGCUGCAUUUGGUAUACUCCCAGAUCCAACAAGCCAAUCAAAUUCUGCAGCAGGGCGUCGAUCAGGACUGGAGAACAUCUUGCUUGCAGUAUCCUGCUGUGCUAGAUYACUAUUUCAAUCUAGCAGAAAUAGUGCUACCUGACGAAAGACAUCCCGCGAUUCAGGACCCGCGAUUUGGUCCACCGCCACCAAAAGGCGGUGUGMAGCGUAAGGUGAAGGAGCGGAGAGACAGCGUGGAUAUGGCUGUUAGAGAACAUCGCAAGAAAGACAGACGGCGAAGUAGGGGACGUACGCCUCCACCGCCACCAGCUCCCAUGCCUUAUCGGCACCCAUGA